UUCCCCCACGCCGCCCGCUAGGUCCGCAUGGCGUGCUACCUGGUCAUCAGCUCCCGGCACCUCAGCAACGGACACUACCGCGGCAUCAAAGGCGUCUUCAGGGGACCACUCUGCAAGAAGGGCGCUCGCUCGCCGGUAACUGCCACUUCCUCGCUCCCUCCCUCCCUCACUCCAAGGUCAGACUAUGGUGAGAAGGAAAAAGCUGCAGCCAAGGCUCUAGAGGAUGUGAAGGCUAACUUCUACUGUGAACUAUGUGACAAGCAGUACCACAAACACCAGGAAUUUGACAACCACAUCAAUUCUUAUGACCAUGCUCACAAGCAGAGACUGAAAGAUUUAAAACAAAGGGAAUUUGCUCGAAAUGUCGCUUCAAAGUCAUGGAAAGAUGAGAAGAAACAAGAAAAAGCACUCAAGCGUCUCCACCAGCUUGCAGAGUUACGGAAGCAGUCAGAGUGCAUCACUGAGAGUGGACCAUUGCUUAAAGCCCCCAGAAUAGUCAUGGAAAAGCAGCAGUCAUCAGAUGGCAUUUUCCUAUACAAGGGUGGCAGGGUGAUAGACAAUUCUCAAAGAACUGCCACAAGUCAAGGACAGGGUUUCUCUAGCGGCAUAAUGGAGAAACAGCAGCUUAACAUAAGUGGGCACCAGUCCUCUAUUGAAAGACUCCAUGGAUUUGGAAAUGAAGUGUUCCCAGAUAACAGCAGUACUUCUCAAAGGGCAGGAGUGUCUUUCUCAUUCUCUAAAAAAGUCCCUUUGAAGCUUGAGUCCUCAGCAUCAGUCUUCAGUGAGAACUCCGAAGAAGGAAAUGAUUUUAGUGAAUCCCUGAACUAUAAACCAAAGAAAGCUCUUGAGGGCUGUCAUUCUGGUACACUUUUGGAGGAGGACAUGAAGGUAAGCUGGGAUAAAGGGCCACCUACUACAGAAGACCAAAUGGAUUUGGAUAACAGUGUAUCAAGUCAAGUAGCUGCAAAACCUAAAAUGCUAAAGGAAAAUUCCAGAAAUAGUGAUAGAGAAUUAGAAGAAAAGGUCAAAAUACAGCUUUCAAAUUUGAAUUUUUCUGCUUCACUUAGGGAAACAGAGCAAGAAAGAAAAUUGAAUGAGCCUGAGCCAUUGUUAAAAACUCUCAUUGCACCUUCAUGCCAAACUAGCAACUUUUGUACACAGCCAAACAACUACAAGCACAGCAAUUCCCACCUGCCUAACCAAUUACCUGAGCCCCCCCAACAACUAGAACCUCAGCUGGGAUAUGCAAGCAACAUUAAUGGCAGUCCUAGGGUGAAAAAAAGAGAAAGAUCUUUGGAGAGCUCAGACACAAACGGGAAUGUGGAAAUGCUUCCAAGAGAGACCAUAGUUAAAGAGGUUAAUCCCUCGUCAUUGCCUUUCGUCCAUGUAGUGAGCAAAGAUGGCACCACUCUUCUUCAGUGGCCCACAGAAUUACUUUUGUUUACAAAAACUGAGCCCUGUAUUUCAUAUGGCUGUAAUCCAUUGUAUUUUGAUUUCAGACUCUCUUUAAAUCACAAAUAUGGUAAACAGCAUGAAACAAAGAAAGCAAGCUGUAAAGACCAUUCUAUAAAUAUGAUUGCUGAUGAAAAUGAACCCUCAGGUUUAAUAACACAGAAGCAAAUGUCAAAUGAACAAGAUAAUCAGUUGUUGAAACCAAAGAAGAUGAACGAUUCCCUAAAUACAAGAAAGGCCAAGCAAAAAGCUGAGUCAGACAUAGCAAAAGAAAUGAAUGAAAAUGGUAAAAAAUACAUUGCAGAUUAUUUGAAUGAAAAUAUACCCAAAGUGCCUGCUUACCUUGAUGUCUCACAAAAGGAUUAUGUGACAGAAAAAAGUCUUCAUACUACAACACUGAAAAGACCUUUAAAGCAUCAUUUUCAUAGCUGUGAAAGAAAAAAUCAGAACAUUAGAAAUGAAAUAAUUUCCUUUUCUGCUUUUAUGUCUAAGAUUAAAAAGUCAAAAGCUGCAAAAUGUCAUUUCAUUUAUUCUGAGGAAAAACAUGAAAACAAAAAUGACUGCAGCUCUAUUAAAGGUGUGGCCAGCUGCAGCAGUGAUAAAAGUGACAGUGGAAAAGAUUCUAGUGGAAGUUUCUUUAGUUAUAACUCUAGAUCAAACAGCAGAUAUUCAGAAAGUGAAGGAUGUGGAAGUUACACAACAUGCUGGAGAUUCCCAUCUCCUCAGAAGUCCUCUGACAGACAUUCCAGCUAUUCUGACACUUCAGUUAACAGUGGCUACAAAGGCUACAUGAGGCCCACGUCAAAAAAACACAGCAGAAAUAAUUUGCUUUAUGGUUGUAAAAAUAAAAAAAAGGCAGCUGAAAGGCACAAAUAUAAACACAGAAAGCACAAGUGUAUUUUAAUUUCUGAUGAUAGAAACAAAGAUUAUCUUUAUCAUAGUAGAAGUCACAGAACUAGAAAUUAUACCCAGAAGGGCACAGUUAAAUAUCAAAAAUGUUCAAGACAUAACCUUUUACAUCACAGAGACAGAUUUAAACACAGCUGUUGUAGACACUGGCGUUUUGGCAAAGGACAUAGUAGAAGUAGAAUCUCGAAAAGUUGUUCCACCAGAGAUUCAAGAAGCAGUGAAAGAUCAUCUAGUAGUAGAAUAUCAAGAGAUAGCAGUUCAGAAUCCUUUUCAAAAGAGACUGACAACUGUAACAACAAAACAAAAGAGGAAGCAGAAAGGUGCUCUAACACUGAGCUGGGAAAAGUUGAAACUGUAUUUUAUGACUCUAUGAAUGUGAAUGGUCAGUCAAACAACAUUGACACUUGUUUUUCUGAAACCCUGUCAAAAGAUAUAUGCGGAAAAAGAAAGUCACGGACAGCCAAAUUACUUUUAGAAAGAGUGCAGUUCAAGAAAACCCAGGAACAAAUGCAGAAUUCAGGUAGAUUUUCAAACACUUGUGGGGUACAAUUAAAGGAUCACUUGCGAAGUCACUUUGCUCUUCAGUUUUCAUCAUCAGUAGAUGACAUUGCAGUGUUACCUUUUCCAGAGAAAUUGCUAAGCUUAGGUAAAAAUGACAUGGGGCAUAAUGAAAUCAGUUCUUUGGAAACCAGUGUGAAGAAAAAAAACUUUGAAGUGUCAGAGAUAACUAAUGUUGCUCUUUCAACAGGCACUGAUUAUGAUCAUUGUCUUUUUAAAGACAUUAUUCAAAUAGGAACAGGCUGUCAGAGCCCAAGCAGAAAAAGGAACACAGCAAUAAAGGAAAAAUCCAAUCUCUUCAUUAGUGAAGUACAACCUUUUAUACAAAGCUGUGACCCAGUAUCAAAUGAUUUUCCUGGUGCUUUUCCCUCUAACAGAUAUUCUGUUGUUGCUAAUUCAACAGAGACCAAAGAGGAACUACACAAUGUAAACAUGGACUUGAACCAAGCAGAAGGCAGUUCAGACUCUCUUUGUAACAAUGCUAUGCAGAAGGAUGGUGACACAGUAAAUGACCUGGAAAUGUCCAGUAAAUCCACCUCCUCUCCUUUAAUGCAGCAGCCUAUCAUGUUUUCACCAGAGGAAGUAGACAAAUACAGGUUGCUGCAGCUGCAAGCCCAGCAGCACAUGCAGAAACAACUUCUGGCAAAACACCUUACAGUUUUGCCUGCCCCAGGACCAGCUGCCUUCUCUGCGACAUCAGCAGUUCCCACCUUUCCCAUUCAGCAGCAUGCUACUGUCACCACCAUCCACCACACACUGCUGCAACACUUUGCUGUCUCAGCAUCUGUGCAUCCGCAUGGCAGCUAUCUUUCCCUGACACACCUCCAACCCCUCUCUCGGGCACAUUUUGCCCCCAUACCGCUUUCCCCAUUUGCACCAGCACUCAUUCCGACGCACCCUGCUUUGCUGACAGGGAAUCCAUUGGACCUGGUCUCUACCACCCCCCUCCACCCUUCCCCCCUGACCUUCCCCACACUGCCACACACUGCAUAUAUCCCAGCCUUAUUUACACCACACCUGAAUGCAGCCACACCUUCUGCUGUGCAUCCAGUUCCCUUAGUACAUCCGCUAUUGCAAGGACAAGAGCCCCAUCACCAUUCUUGCUCCAGCCAGACGCAUCAGUUACCUACAAUAAAAGAAGUGUUCAGUGUUUCUAGCUGUUUAAACUAG